GCGCUGAAGUUCCUGAAUAAGCGAAAUCGAUACCGCGCGCUUCGAUAGUACCGAAAUAUGGCCGUAAGCGGACUCUCAUGUCUGCUAAAGACAAAAUAGCGAAAGCAACAGCAACAGUCGACGUAACAGCAGUGCAGCAGCAUCGGCCGCGUAGGUGUUUAUUAUGCCCGAGUUAAAGGUGUUCUACUGUCUGUUCCUGCUGACGCUACUGGACACGACGUCGCAAAUCCAAUCGUCGCUGCACGGCCACAACAAUGCCUUCGUUCAAGAUAACAACGAUGUUCAAUCUUUUCAUCUUUUGGAUAAUGUGCAAAUAUCUAAUCUGCAUAAGGAUUUUGCUAAUACAGUACAUGAGACUGGGGAUACCACAUUGGACGAGGAUAAAGAUGUGCUCUCUCACAUUUCUUUCGAACCGAGCAUCUUGGACUUUAAAGAAAGACAACUCGGUAUUCCUCACCAAGAAACUGUGAUCAUGUUUAACAAAGAUCACAAUAAAACCAUACAUCUUGAAUCGAUAUCUGGUAAUACACGUCAUUUCCAUUCAUCAUUUUUUCAAAGCAAAGUAAUUCCACCAUUGGGGAACACAACAUUUAAUGUUGUCUUCCUUGGUCGAGACGAAGGUGAUAUCGAUACACACCUUUUUAUACAUACUUCAGAUGGGACACUAAAGUAUCAGGUCAAAGGAAUAAGUGUCAGUAGUCCUUAUAGACUCCGACCUGUAGUUGAUGUCAAGUUACCAUUAAAUGCAUCUUUUACACCUCUUAUAUAUAUGCACAAUCCACAUCCGGAAGCUUUACAAGUGGUGGAAGUAUAUAGUAGCGGUGGAGAAUUUCAAUUAGAAUUACCAUCGGGCGAGUCGGAGGGUACUCGAGAAUUAUGGGAAAUUCUACCUUAUCAAACGAAGCCUAUCAUCAGACUAACUUUUAAUGCUUACGCGGAAAAAAAUCACACGGCAUAUGUUAGAUUUAAAGUAAAUAAUACUGCUGAGAUUCUUGUGGUAGCAGUCGAAGUAGAGGUCAAAAGUGGAGCUGGUCUUCAUUGGGGUGGGAGUUCUGGAGUAAUUAACUUAGGUAUGGGUGGCUCAUUACAGCCACCUAUUCGCCACCCUAUUGCUUUAAAAAAUUCCGCAAAGAAAGCAAUCAAAGUUGUGAAUAUUAUAAAUACACCUGUAUCAAAAGCAUUAAAACUGCAUUUUGAGCCAGCAAUAAUUCCAGGAGAGACAGAUAUACCAAUAGCCAUUGGAAUGCUGGUUUAUGAUUGGAAAACUGGUUUGGAUUUGCAACACUUUAAAGGCAAAUUGAUAAUAAAAGCAAUAGGUCCGGGUGGUUCUAGUCAAAAAUUAGCAAUCCCAUGGGUAGCUCAAGUGCUACAAGGUGGAUUAGAAGUAAACACAUCGAUUACCCAUUAUUGUUCUCCGCAAUCCAAUCAAGCUCGAAAUUUUAGCGUGGUGAACAAAUUUAAAUUACCAUUAGCAAUUACGAAUGUCACGAUGUGUUCGAAUGCAAAAUCGCUUUUUACGAUUAAAGAUUUUACUCCUAGAGUAAUAAAACCCGAGCAAAAGGUCAAUAUAUUUUCUUUACAACUUGCCAAAGAACGGAAGGGUGACAGCGUAAAGAUGGAGUCGUCGAUAUUGAUACACUCGAACGUAUCCGUAACCGAAGUUCCGGUGUUGAGUUACGACGGGAAACUGAGAAAAGUCAUGCCGAGCGAGAAGGAGAACGACAUGGGGACGAUGAAUUUCGGAACUGUAGGAAGCGGCACCGAAAACGAGGCGAUUUUCGCGCUGGAGAAUCAGAACCCCGUCAACGUGGAGCUACAUAGCUGGGGUGUGAACAUGCCCGGCGCAGUUUUGGAAUUAAUGGGAUGUCAAAACGGUCCCGCGGAUUCAUUGGACAAGGAAUUUCGAAAUAUAACUGUGUGCAGUCAUUCGGGAAACCAAUACAUAAAGCCGGAGUUCCUGGCGAUUUUUAAGAUCAAGGUGAAGACUCCUAUGGUCGAGGAAGACACGAUUGUCGGCGAUGUUUUCGUACGAACGACAUACGAACGGUUCACGUUGCCGGUGUACAUGAGGGUUGCGCACGGCAAGAUUUCCUUGAAGAAGCUUAUUUUUACCGAUUGCUUCCCUGGAUCGAUCUGUGUGCAACAAGUGAAGGUGCACUCCACGUUUUCAAGACCGAUGGAGGUGACGCACGUCGCGCCUAUAAACAAAGACGACAGGAUAAAGUACAUCCCACUGGAGGAAGCUACCAUGCCAGUCAUAUCUAAGGGCGAAAAUAAUGUCGGCUCGAUACAAAUUGAUCCCUCGGUGAUCUGCAAGCAACAUUGUUAUUUAGGUUUAUUCGUAGACACCAACACGGGAAGCCAGUGGUUGAAUACGAUGAGCCUUCCCUCGCACACUCGUGACUCCGACUUGAAUUUGCUGAACACGCGACACGCACGUUUUGUCAACUCCACCGCGGAUGGCUCGUGGGAGAACGUCACGAUGCGCUUGGACACGACUGAGGUGCGCGAUCACAGGUUUUACGUGAACAUCAAGCCGUACUGGCCGAGUUUGUUGGUCAAUAUAAAGAACAAGAGCGUUCUGAUGUUCCCGUUGACGCAAGUCGGAAACACAUCAUAUAGAACGAUCAAGUUGCACAAUCCGAGCGCGAGUCCGCUGUUAGUUCAGCUGGUUAUGGACUGGAGUUAUCCUCAAGGAGCACGUCUUUAUCAUUCUUUGCCAAUGAAAUUUAAACCCACGUGUGCGGAAUGUUCGUCCACAGUCCCGGAGGAAUUCAAGCUAGAAGAGAAUGCGGAUGAACGAGAGCUGUUCGAGAAACAGUGGGAUGUACCGGUAGCGUCUCAGUCGCUUCCUUUAUAUUUGAACCCUUUGGAAACAAGGACGAUUCGCGUGGCAUAUACACCCUUCUCUGCUUCGGCAUCCUCUGGUUUUUUAUAUAUUAGAAAUAAUAUGACUAUUUUAGAAGUCCUACGUAUGAGCGGUCGAGGCGCGAGCGCGCAAUUUAGGUUCGGCAAUCGCAAGCCAGGUUCGACUACGCCUCUGCUGUUUGAACUCGUGGAUAAGCAUUUUAAAGAUUGCGAACGAGACCGUAAUAAACACGUUACGACUCCCGUUCUCACUGUAAAACGCUCCUUCACGGCUCGGAACACGGGGGAAUUGCCGAUCGAGAUUUACGGCUUCUACAUCAACGACUGGCGUUGCGAGGGCUACGGCUUCAAGGUACUCGAUUGCGCGCCCUUCAAACUGAAUCCGAACGCCACCAAGAGAAUCGAGAUCGCGUUCACGCCGGACUUUACGCUGUCGCGGGUAGAACGGAAGCUGUUGGUGUUGACGAGCGUAGGACCGGACGAGGACGAGGACGUCGAGAACGGUGUGGUGAUACUUAAUCUACUGGCGAUUUUGCCAGUACACUCGUUGGACUUGUGCGCGCCGGUGCUUGCCAGACCAUCGUGGGAGCGCGCGGUGCAGUGGACCGCGAUCAGCAUCUCGUCCGUCGUGUUGCUGGGAGUUCUCGCGGUCUCGUUCUUCGAGGCGGAUCGAAUUCUACGGGGAGCCCUGGCCAAUUACUCGAAGGAGAGUCCGGUGCAACCGCCCCUGGAUCUGAGGCUGCUCUCGCACAUCUCGAUGCACAACUCGACGCAGAUCAGUCCUGCUAACAAGAACGAGAGGACACCGUCGAACGAUGAUAAAGGCAAGACGAAGAAGGAUGAAACUUGCUUUCCAGACUGGUCGUUGAUGAACGUGAAGAAGUAUAAGGACAAGGAUGCGCAGAAGGGAUUGAAGAUCCCGGACUGGUCCACCGAGGAGGAACGCAGAUUCAGGUUGGACACCGAGUCUAAAGAUCUGUUGUCUUUCAAGCGAUGCGAAGAACCGUCUAAUGUAGAAGGCACCACUAAUGCCGUGAAUACAUCGUAUGGGUCGAAGAAGAAGAACGGCAGUAAAAAGCAAAGCAACGCUCCAGAGGCUCAAUCGGAAAAUUGCGCGGCGAAUGAUGCGGAUACUCAGUUAAUUCAAGAGAAAAAGUAUACUACCGUUAAUAUGGUUACGAAGUCGAGCCCGACGUCGAAUAGGAAAGGAAAGGUAGUACCAUCUACGCAAUUGAAUGUCAAGGAAGAGCCAAAGCUGUUUGAUCACGAGGUUCAAGUGGAUGCAGGAAUGAUCGGAAAUAACAAUCGGAUUAACAAAUCACAGGACAACAAGCGCAAUAAACAAGCAAAUAGCACCACAAAUCACAGUAAUCACAAUAAUCAUGUUUCUUUGAAAAAGCUCGAAUCAACGAGCGUUCAAAAAAUUAUUCACCUUUCAGAGGAAGAGACGUCGUCCACGACAACAGAGAGUUCGACUCACGAUGAAACAACGUCUUGUAAAAAUUUUGAUCAACCGUGCGGGAAGCAAGAAAAACUCCAAAGAAAGCCAAUAUCUAAGAAAAGCAAACCUCAGUCUAUUCCACCUGUGCCAUGCAUAGAUUAUAAGGAUAAUUACGAAGGCGACUGUGAUGAUGAUGAAUACGAUAAGGAGAGACAGAAUAAUCCAAACAGAUGGAAGAUGAGCUCUGGUAGAUCUAGCACGAAGCACCAUAUCCAUACCUCAUGCACUGUUGAAUCAUCCUUCAAGUUACCACGUCAGAAUAAGAAUCCACCACGGAAGGAGAAGACGGUGCAGAAACGUCGUGCAGCUGAUAAAACUCACAUCAAAUCUCCUGUAAACGGAAACAUAAACCAAAAAGAAGACGUAACACGCAGCAUAGGAUCAGUUUCCACUCCAUUACCACCUCCGCCUUCCUGUUGGGGCGAGAACAGGGCUAAAUUCAGUGAUGUGGUGGCUCGAAGUCAAGAGAUCGUCCCGCCAUUCUCCAAUUUAAAUCACGUAAAUCACAAGAGUCAAACAAAUACGUCAAAUCUGUCUACGGUAUUCGGCACCGAUGUCAAAGACGUUCAAUAUAUUAAACCACAGUCGACGCAAGAGAUGUUGCAAGCAUCGAAGGAAUACAAUUUGAUGACAAAACCGACCACUCUCGCAUCCCCGGCUAAAGAUAAAGCACUGAACUCGGAGCCUCUGAUCUUACAACCGGAUUUACAACAGUCGAACAGUUACUUCAUUAACACCUUCACGGAACAUCCUUUUGAGCGCGAGCUGGUACCGUACGACGAUCUUCCAGAAACUGACGAGCCUUUAGUAGAGUUGGAGACUCCUGAAGAAGACACGCGAUGUCAAUUGUGGGAAGAUACUAGUUCUAUGAUAAAUUUGCUGUCGGAUAAUACAAACGGAUUUCAAUUGGAGUCGUCAAAAACAACGGAGAAACCUGUUUUGCCUGACUUGAAAGAUAAUUGGACAGUCGAUACAAAUUGGGAACCAUUGUACACUAGAGCGGCGGUUGGAGAGGAACGUAGUGGCGUUUGGGGAAUCAACACGGGAGGUGUCUGGGCUGCAGCACCCUGGGGUGCAGCUGCGCCGCCGAUGAUGUCGCAAACAUUACAGUCCGAGUCGGAUACACAAGAACGAUCAGGAUUUGAUCCGUUUCGUUCGCUUAACACAAUAUGGACGCCCUCAUCGACCGAAUCGUGGAGAACGAAACGCGAGGAUUGAAUAAGCAAUGAAAAGGAACGAAGGAAUAUUUUAUCUUGUGAUAUCGUACAUUUUUGUUUCAAGAUUUUUUUGUUUUUUGGCGAAAAUCGAAAGUUAAACGAGACGGUUCAACGCGACCGUAAUAAUUUGAAUUUGAAAGCCACAUUUGAAAAUUGUUAUAAUUUGAUGCAACUACGCUGAGCGUACUUUGUGAUAUAAUUGUUACUAUUACGUUGUACGAUAGUAAUACCAGAUAUGAAUAGUUUCUCGACGAGUUAUUUUUCAUAUUGUUUCUUAAACCAAAAUCUAGAUGUUACAUCUCAUUUUUUUUUAUUUCUCUUUAUUUAAAGCAUAGAAUGCGUUUAAAUUAUUUGCGAGUGAGGUGUGCAGGAUAUUAAUUGAAUAUUCUUCUUUUUUCUUUUGUUUGAUUUGUUAUAAGAAAGAAUAAUAUAUUUGAUUGAUCGAUUAUACAAAAAUGAAAUGGAAAUAGCACAUAUGGAAUUAACAGAAUUUGCAUACAAAAAAAAGUGAAAAAAAAGGAAAUACAGUUUCUCAUGUAAUCACAGCACAUAUUAAUUUAAAGGAACUAUACAUGGCUUAUACGGAAAUUCAUAAUUUGCUCCUUGAUUUACGGCACACUCUUUCUCUUCUCUCGUGGCAUUGUCCGCGUAUGCAUAAUGUAAAAAAAAAUGAACUAUCGCAAUACUCGAGUCCCAAUCUUGGUAUAUUAACAAGUGAUAAGAUUAAAUUAUUUGAGACGAGUGAGAACUGUGAUUUUUUAUAGUCUUGACUUGUAGAGAUACCUUCAAGACAAGUUUUACAAGGUUGCGCUGUAUACAAAGUAUAAAAUGAAAGAAAUGUGUACCUAUUCUUCAAGACUGGUAAUCGUUGUGUUUUAAUAAAGAAGUCACAAAAAAAGUA